ACAAAAUGCAUAAUGCUAAUAGAAUCUUUUGUAAAGUUGCAUGUCUUCCUGUUUUCAGAAAAGCAAAUGUGCAUAAAUAACUCUUUAAUGGUUGAUGUAGUCUUGGGGGAAUGUAUCCAUAUCCCAUUUGUAAAGAAGAAAGCCCUUCUUUGUACACAACCUGCUUUGUUUCGUAUCCAUCCAAGAGUCACAUAAUCUGUCCAGUCCAGCCCACCUACGACUUGAUAACCAUCUGUGUUUUGUUCUUUUAUUGGUGUGAAGGUGCCGAAGUUGUGCUACAUGAGCAAUAAAAAGGGGGGCUGGAAACACCACCAGUCCCUGUUUGGUUGGGAUGGAGUGAAGAAUCAUCACAGUCUACAUAACCAGCAUGCCAUCCGCUUCUCUCCUCCUGGUGACCACCGUCUUUAUGGCCUUCAUUAUUAUGCUCACGUCUGGUGGCAGAACCACACACUGGCCCAAACCGCAGAACACCAACAAGCCUCCUCAAACUGGGACCAGCGGUUUAGGUGGGGGAGGACGGCUUGGACAGAUUGCUACAAGAAACCCAUCUCCCUCCAGCAGUCUGCACACAGAAGAAACAACUGGGUUUAUGACCGACGGAUUCUCCCUGUCACCGACAGACAGCAGCACCUUCAACAGUGAGGCUUACCCAACUGAGUACCUCACUGAUGCAAUCCUCCCCCCUGGAAACGCCCCUGGAAAUUAUACUUUUGACUACAAUGAAUGCUUCUUCAAUGUUUGUGAGUGCUGUCCACCAGAGAAAGGUCCCAAAGGACCGACGGGCGAAAAGGGCUCACCGGGGGAAAGGGGCCCGCCAGGGUUACCAGGACAAAAAGGAGAAAUUGGACCCCAGGGUUCUCCAGGACCAGCUGGGUUACCUGGGCUCAGUGGACUAAACGGCGAGAAAGGUGAAAAAGGAGAUCAAGGGCCAAACGGCUUACCGGGCUCCCCUGGAAUCCUAGGGAAACCUGGCGAGAAAGGUGAUUUGGGCCUCAAAGGAGAGAAAGGUGAAAAUGGGAUCAACGGGCUGAAAGGAGACGCAGGACAAAAAGGAGAGCCUGGUCACAAUGGAACUAUGGGUACCAUUGGGCCUAUGGGUCCUCCAGGGACAGCUGGAACGAAGGGUCAGAAAGGUGAACAGGGACGUUUGGGAGAAUGUCUACUUGGUGAGAGAGGACAGAAAGGUGAUCUUGGUGAUCCUGGACCUCCUGGUCCAAAAGGUGAGAUGGGUCCUCAAGGAGCAAACGGCACUGAUGGUUCAAAAGGCGAAAUGGGGCCAGCAGGAGAGAAGGGAGACACUGGCGCAAGAGGGCCUCCAGGUGCAAGGGGAGUAGCAGGAAUGAGGGGGGAGAGGGGAACUAAAGGUGUACGGGGCCCUCGGGGCCCAAAAGGCGAUCCAGGUGAGAGCUUGGAGCCGGUUCGUUCUGCUUUCAGUGUGGGUUUGUUCCCAAGUCGGUCCUUUCCUCCACCCGGACUGCCUGUGAAGUUUGAUAAGGUCUUUUACAAUGAGGAGGGUCACUGGGACCCGGCACUCAACAAGUUCAACGUCACACUCUCGGGAGUGUACUUACUCUGUUAUCACAUCACUGUGCGCAACCGGCCCCUGCGGGUUGCUUUAGUGGUGAAUGGGGUGCGGAAAGUGAGGACACGAGAUUCCCUUUACGGCCAGGACAUCGACCAGGCUUCCAACCUCGUCCUGAUGCAGCUCAGCGAGGGAGAUCAGGUGUGGCUGGAGACCCUGAGAGACUGGAACGGGGUUUACUCCAGCAGCGAGGACGAUAGCACCUUCUCUGGCUUCCUGAUUUACCCUGACUCAACUACAAAAGCAAGCGCUAUGAACAAGAUUUGACUACAACUUCUAACUAUACAACUUUCUUACGUUAACUCUUUUUCCAACUGUGGCUUGUAGAGGCUUAUCUCUUAGCUUAUGUUUCUGUAAAAUAUUGCAGCUUAAUUUUUUUUUUCUUAAGAGUUACUCUGAUCAAGUCAAUUAUUUUGCAUGUUUUACUACACUAGGACACUGAGAGAGCAUAUUUUUUUGUUUCAAAUUUUGUUUCAAAAAUAAUUUUUAAUUGAAACUGCA